GGAGCCGGGCCUGGUCCCCCGCUCCUCCGCCCGCGCGCUCAGCCGCCGGGGGCCUGGUGCUUCCCCGGGGCGGGUGCUUCCCUGCGCCGGCCUCGCUCCGCCGUCUGCACGUCUCAGCGUCCCCCUCAGGCCGCUCCAGCAGUGGCCUUCUAGGACCAGAGGUGCCUCGGGAGGGCCCCCGGGGCUGGGACGCCCAGGGUCACGUCAACCACCCCCCACCCCAACCGAGGGGACGGGAGGGGUCCUGCGCUGGCUCCGCCAUCGCACCCCGACCCGGGCGUUGGGAGCUCCGAGGGCCGCCUAGCUCUGCUCUCUGGGCCUCAGUUUCUUCCAUCUUUAGAAGUUGGAGAACGGUUUGAAAAAGUAGGGGAGUCCCUGGGACGCGAAGGCCUUGGCUCACGGGGUGGGGUGGGUCUGCCACGUGACCCGAUUGCUAUGGCACCCACGGGAACAAUCGGGCCCGCGGCCCCGCCCCUUCUCAUCGACCUCCCCACCCCACCCAUCCGCCUCCCCAGCCCCGGCAAGGGCCUCCCCGCCCCUCCGGGGCCCCAGACCCCCUCGGAGGCACUCCAGCUUCAGAACGCUCUAUCGAGAAGUGCCUGCACUCUGUGCCUUUCAUCCACUGAUUUGGCUGCAGUGAGUCUCGUUCAAGGGACGAUCACUUUGGAUAGCUUGUUACAGCUCUUCUCACGACAUUCCUGGCGUGCAUGUCACAAGUCGCUAGGAUCAAGAACCAAGUCAGUUUUGCUCUCAGGGGCUCUUGGGGCCACCAGCCAAGCCCCUGCGCUCUUCCUCCCCACAGAUCCCCGUUCUCCUGUGAGUGACCGCGGAGGAAGACCAUGAACGAGGUGAAGGAGUCUCUUCGAAACGUCGAGCAGAAGUACAAGCUCUUCCGGCAGCAGCAGUUCACCUUCGCCGCCGCCCUGGAGCGCUGCAGGGAGAACGCCCACGACAAGAUCCGGCCCAUCUCCAGCAUCGGACAGGUGCAGAGCUACACGGAGCAUUACUGCAACAACUCCACGGACCGGCGGAUUCUGCUCAUGUUCCUGGACAUCUGCACGGAGCUGAACAAGCUGUGUCAGCACUUCGAAGCCCUGCACUCCGGCACCCCGGUCACCAACAACCUGCUUGAGAAAUGCAAAUCCCUUGUUAGCCAGAGCAACGACCUGAGCAGCCUCAGAGCCAAGUACCCGCACGACGUGGUGAACCACCUGAGCUGCGACGAGGCCAGGAACCACUACGGAGGUGUCGUCAGCCUCAUCCCCAUCGUCCUGGACUUAAUGAAAGAGUGGGUCGCCCACUCGGAGAAGCUGCCCCGCAAAGCCCUACAGCACGUGAGUGAGCCCCGGGCACACCAGGAAGCCGCCGGCGCGGCCGCUCGUCCUCCUUGGACCGCAGGCUCCCAGCCUCGGUUAAGAAAGCACAAAUGUAGGCGACUUAUAAAAGACAGCCCCAGGCCUAGGGGGAAGGACAGAGGAUGUUCCAAACCUCCCUGGAGACCACCCGGCGGGAGACUCUAACUCAGAGUCGGCAACCUGGUGCGGCCUGUAGGGCGCUUGGUCACUUAACUCGGUCUCCACCGGCGGAUCCAUCCUUCUGGCCCCCCCCAGUCCCCCCCAACAGAUGAACCCCAGAGAGCUUGCCCAAUGUACUGUCGAGAACCUCUCUCCCUCUCUCUUUCACUGCUAAGCUCUCCCCGCCUCUGAGUGUCGGGCUCUGUGCCAGCGACAAGGACCCCACGUCCAGUGUUGUUGCGAGAGGGUGUCCCGGGGAGGCUGCUGAGAGCUGGGGCCAGCGGCCUGCCUGGGUGCUCUGGGGGCUUCCAGCCCGCACCCGGCCAGGCCUGGCCACGCUGCAGUUCCGGCUUUCGGGCUGAGCCGUUGAGCCGGAGGCCUGCCGGCGCCUUUCCCGCCGCCGCGGCAACUGCAGGCGAGGCCCGGCUGCUCGGCCUGGGGGGGCGCUGAGGGCCAGCACGGUGGCCUUCCUCGGUGUGAUUAGGUCUCCGGACCAAAACCCGAAGGGGAAUGAACCUGGCUUUGCUCUCCUUUACUUGGGAGAGGGAGACCAUGAGAGAAGCUGGAAGAAUUCUGAUUUCGUGGCUCCUGUGCAAGGACCGUGUCCUGCUGUCCACAACACAGUCCUGGCCCCGACGUUCUAAAAUGUGUGUCUGGCUUCUGAGCUGGAAGUGCCGGCUGACUGUCGGCUUUUCCCUCCGCAGGGGGCGACCUAGCUUCUGUGUUCUUGCUUCCUCGGGGCGACCGACAAGAAUAAAAAGUGUUCUCCCA